AUGACAUCUACUCCUUAUAAACACUCCACACAGAUAAAACAUGAAGAGAUGAAGACAGAAGACAGUGUUUCCACAGUGAUGGAGUUCGUCCUGUUGGGAUUCUCUGACCUCCCUAACCUCCAAGGGUUCCUAUUUGGUCUGUUUUCCAUCAUGUAUGUGAUUAUCCUAGCUGGGAAUUGCCUCAUAAUAAUAAUAACAGCGAUGGAUCCUGCAUUACAGAAACCUAUGUAUUUUUUCCUGGCAAAUUUUUCUUCCUUGGAAAUCUGCUAUGUUACCGUCACCGUUCCUAGGAUUUUGUUCAACAUUUGGACUCAGGAUAGACAUAUUUCUAUAACGGCCUGUGCAGUCCAAAUGUGUUUCUUCCUUGUGUUGGGAACUGCUGAGUCAUUCCUCCUGGCUGUGAUGUCCUAUGACCGCUAUGUGGCCAUUUGUAACCCUCUACUCUAUCCUGUGGUCAUGAACUCAACAAAGUGCACACAGCUGGCAGUGGGCUCCUGGCUUGGUGGCAUGCCAGUCCAGUUAGGGCAAACCUGUCAGAUAUUCUCUCUGCACUUCUGCAAUUCUACUAAAAUAGACCACUUUUUCUGUGAUGUACCCCCUGUUAUCAAACUCGCCUGUGGGGACAUGUCAGUAUACGAGUUGUUUGUCUAUGUGAUUGUAAUGAUGGUUGGUGCUGUCCCUUUUAUACUGGUGCUUGCUUCUUACAGCAGAAUCAUUGCAACCAUUCUGCGGUUGCCAACAGCCAAAGGACAGGCUAAAGCCUUCUCCACAUGUUCUUCCCACCUACUGAUAGUCAUUUUAUUUUAUGGAUCUGGUACCAUCACUUAUUUAAGCCCCAAAUCCACCCAUUCUCCAGGUACUGACAAAUUGCUCUCUCUGCUCUACACCAUUGUGACCCCCAUGUUCAACCCCAUGAUAUACAGCCUUAGGAACAAAGAAGUUAUUACAGGACUGAGAAAAUUACUACUUAAAAAAUAG